AUGUUUUGGGUGGAAGAAGAGAGAACACCGACGACAGGUGAAAAAGAUGUCACAAAAGGAAUCAGUCAACAAGUGGUGUCAGGUGAUAACAUAGAAUCUACCGCGGUUCAUGGAAGACACAGAAGGCGGUGUUUUGUGGUGCUGCAAUGGUUAGUACCUAAAUGGUUGCAACAUUUCCUCUAUUACUGUCGUCAUUCAGUAUUGUCGCGGAAUUCACCAGAAGAUCGGUCAGUAAUGAAACGGAAAACACCAAUGGUCGCAAACGGAAAUCUAAUUUCUCUGCAGAAGAAAAAAAACAAAGUAGUACCAUUCGACUUCAAGAUUUGCGACCGUCAUUUGGAGUUAGAGCCAUUGUGUUGUUUGUCUUCCUGUCUUAUUCGUGGUGGUUGUACGGCCGUUGCUAUCUUCGAAUACGCUUACGUUGUCUUUACACUUAUUGCAAUUAUUAUACGUUUGCACAAUAGUGGACUUUCUCAGCUGUGGCCACCACUCGGAAUGUCCUACAACUCAAUUGUAACACAUACCAUACCGCUAUAUAUCAUAUUGGCCUACGAUCUU